AUGGCCGGGCCCAACUUGGAAGUGUUUCGCUUUGGCUUUUAUGUAUUUUUUCCUAUCGUGAUGAUGUUGCACUACGGAAAUCCGGAUUGGUUCGAGAAACACGUUAUCCCCGCGAGGGAUCGUAUGUUUCCUCCUUCGGAACAGACCAAUCCCCCAACGGACCCUCAUGGAAUCAAGGAAGAGAUAGCUCGUCUGAGAGCCGAGCGACUCGCUCGACUCGCUCGACUCGCACCUCGGGGUGGGGGGAGCUCUCCGUCCCAAUGA